UUCACAAUUCGCGACCAUUGAAUUAUCAGUCUCUCUAUCGCUGUGUUCUCCGCAACUCCACGAGUCGCGCUAGAGCAAUGUCGUCCGCCUCUUCUUCGUCAUCCGCGACCGAGGCCGAAACUCUUCGGCGCAGCCGAAUUCUCAAAAGCAAGCUAUACUUGGACGUUCCUCUCUCCAAGGUUCCUGUUAUUUACUCGGCGUCGUACGAUAUAGCGUUUCUUGGCAUAGAGAAGCUGCACCCGUUUGAUUCAUCUAAAUGGGGUCGUGUAUGUCGAUUCCUCAUCUCUGAUGGUGCUCUGGGCAAAUAUUGUAUCAUUGAGCCUCUGGAAGCUUCAAACGAGGAUCUCCUUGUGGUACAUUCAGAAUCAUACUUGAAAAGUCUGAAAAAUAGUGCAAAUGUCGCCAGUAUAGUUGAGGUCCCUCCUGUUGCUCUAUUUCCCAACUGUCUAGUGCAGCAGAAAGUUCUUUACCCGUUUCGCAAUCAGGUGGGAGGGACUAUUUUGGCAGCAAAGCUUGCCAAAGAGCGUGGGUGGGCUGUCAAUGUAGGAGGAGGGUUUCAUCACUGCUCUGGGGAAAAAGGAGGUGGAUUUUGUGCUUAUGCAGACAUUUCUCUUUGCAUCCACUAUGCCUUUGUACGGUUAAAUAUAUCAAGGGUGAUGAUAAUUGAUCUUGAUGCACACCAAGGAAAUGGCCAUGAACUGGAUUUUGCUGAUGACAGACGAGUCUAUACACUGGAUAUGUACAACCCCGGAAUAUAUCCAUUUGAUUAUGCAGCACGAAGAUACAUUGAUCAGAAGGUUGAAGUAAUGAGUGGAACCACAACCGAUGAAUACUUGAAGAAAUUGGAUGAGGCACUUAAGGUUGCUGCAAGUAUGUUUGAUCCCAAGUUGGUGGUUUACAAUGCUGGAACUGAUAUUCUUGAUGGAGAUCCACUAGGCAGGUUGAAGAUCAGUCCUGAUGGGAUUGCCAAUAGAGAUGAGAAAGUUUUUAGGUUCGCUCGUGAGAGGACCAUACCUAUUGUCAUGCUCACAUCAGGUGGUUACAUGAAGUCAAGUGCCAGAGUUAUAGCAGAUUCCAUGAUCAACCUGUCAAAGAAAUGCCUGAUAGAUAUGGGUAAGAAUGCCACGUAAAGUUGUUCAUGAUCGUUCUCUGCCAGGAGGUUGGGUUUCCAUCAACAGAUCUAUGGUAUGGGUUUGAAACGAGUUUUUUAAGCUGAUCACCAAACUUAUGGUUGUAAAUUAUUAUUAUAUAGUUCCUCCUCCCUUCCCCUUUCCCUCUUUUUCUUUUUUUCUUUUUUUUUUUUUAAAAAAAAAAAGAAAGAAACUAUAUUCAAAAGAGAAUGUGAACAUGUAUAUUGAAAUGGUAAAUAUGUGUGUUGUAAGCA